GAACUCUUUGACUACAGGAACCGACAGAAGUAUUACCGUACUUCUUUAGUAAUAAAUACAAUUUUGUAGGUGGAAAAGAUCCAGGUCGCGUUCAACGGGUCUGACCAGUAAAACAUGUCCUGGGUUUGAUUCGACAGUUGCAGGGUGUUCGCUAUUCUGCAUAUGAAAAACACUGGACAGAUAUCUAGCAAAACUUAGCGUAGCAUGGCGUAAUGAUAACACGGUCGAAUAAUAAGGAUAGCAGCAGAGGAGACAGGGUUGGAUACGCACGCAUGGGUACGUGUUUGGGGUCCGCGUCUUCCGCUUCCAGCAGAGCCUCGCCGGGAGGCUUUGGCUUUAACUCCAGUUCAGUUCCACUGCGUGCUCCUAGCAUUGUGUUUGUCCCAGAUCUUUCUUCGUUCUUGGUCAGUUCUUCUUUGCGGUGCUUUUGUUACUUAAAUACAGAUACCGUUUUUGUGCAAAUCUUAUGGGAGCUACUGGUGUAGAGUAACGUGAGGAUUGAGAGUACCUAACUGGAAUAUAAUCUUACUGAGAGCAUUUGGAUUCUAUAAAAGAAAAUGCUUAUCGCAGCACGUUAAAGCUGGUCCUUAAACCCAUGCAAGGAGGGAAUGACGAGUGGUUAGGAAUUUUAAGUCGGAGAACAGUACCGGUUGGUUCGAGUCGUUGGGCUGAUUGUGAUAAUACGUCGUGUAAUAUUAUAUGGUGGACUAAAACAUAGUAAUUUAGCAAUGGGAGAGGAUCUAUAAUUUUCGAGAUGUGCUUUCGCAAAAUAAGUCAACCGUUGAACGUUUCACUGUUACCAUUAGAUACGGUUUAAUGGGUCGUUUUCAAAAAAAACGAAGAAGAUAAGUUUGAUGGGAAAAGUAUUCCUUGCUGUGAGAAUGAUGAAGAACUGUAUUGGGAUUGUGAUUUUGAUUUUACUGACGAGUCAAGUGUGCUAUGGCGAGCAGAGAUUUUCGGAGACGCCCUCGACAUACCAGGAGGUCUCGUCUGGAGACGAUGUCCAGUUGCGCUGUAGAGUCCAGGAUAAGAGGGGACAUUGCAUCUGGCAAAAGGAUCGUAAACCUGUUGGAAUGCAUCCGGAUAAGUAUGAGUGGGCAGGAGGACGAGAGAGCGAUUGCACUCUUCUUAUCAGAAGAGCAUCUCUUGACUUUGACGAUGGUCUCUGGGAAUGUCAGGUUACACCUGGUGAUUUUACACAGCAGGAUGCAUUAACUUCGUUGCCCGCUCGUUUACUUGUUAGAGUAAAACCCAGGCAACCACGUAUUGAGUACGGUGGUGUUGUAUUGACUAAUUCCUUGACACUGAGGGAGGGUCAGGAAGCUGUUUUAUCAUGCGUUUCAAGAUACGGGAAUCCGCCGGCUCUUAUAAAGUGGUUUAUAGGUGGUGAGGAAGUGGAGCCUUUGAGAGAUCAAACAAAUGCUACAGAGGUAGACAGUCCUAAGACCUGGGCAGCUCAUAGUCUUCUGCGUGUCCACGGACAGAGGGAAAAUCAUGGUCUACCUAUAAGAUGUCUGACUUUGCAUCCGUCAAGUUCGCUGCCAUCAAGUGCAGAAUCCAGGCUGGAUAUUCAUUACUCACCGGAGGUCAAGCUGGAAACCAGUCCCAGAGUUCUUACUGCAGCUCUGGUAGACUCGGCUAGUUUUAUGAGCCUAAAGUGUACCGCUGAUGCAAACCCUCCAGCUACAAUCAAGUGGUUCAAGGACUCUGUUUCUUUAACCUCAAAUAAUAUUGUACUGUUAGCGCAAGAUCAUUCUGAAUCAAAUAAAACUGUGUCAGGAUCCGAAUUAAGAUUCGAGCCUAUUAAGAAAGAGGAUGCUGGAUUAUAUUCGUGUAAAGCUUUAAAUGCUAUUGGUGAGAGUCCACCCGCUAAUUAUAGACUGGAUGUUCAAUUUGCGCCGAUAUUAAAAGUAAAAGAUCAGGAUCAACUUAGAAACGUUACUGGUGAGACUGAAGAAGCUGCUUUACUAGGAUCAAAUUUGGAGCCGUUUGAAUGUCCAGAAUACGAAGCAAAUCCUCCUGCACAGUACAGAUGGGUCCACUUGAGAGGUGGGACUACGGAAAUGAUUCAAAAUUUGGCGCACAAUAAGGAUGCUGGGAGACGUUUAAGAUUAGAGAACGUGAUGUGGUCUGAUGAAGGAGAAUAUCGUUGUGUGGCUUUUAAUAUUAUCAAUGGAGUGCGCCAAGAGAUGUCAAACGAAGCACGUUUCGUAUUACACGUCACUGGGCCACCGGAAAUACAAACAAGACCUUCUUCCGGUGAAAAGGGUCUGUUCGAAUCUGUCGGUUGGGCCGGUGAAGCUGUUCAUAGAUUAAAAUCAAGAUUCUGUUCACGACCGCCACCAAGACUUGUUGCAUGGCAAUGGGGUAGUUCUCACAUUAGAGCAGGUGAGAGUAUCAAUCCAAAGUAUGAAGCACUGCCAUUGGAGCCAAUAAUAGAGAACAAAAUGGUGACUAAUUGUUACUGGGCAAAGCUUGAGAUAAAGGAUCUGCAAAAGGAGGAUGCAAGGAUUUACACUUUAAUAGUAGAGAGUGAGAAAGGAAGAGAUUCUACAAAUCUAAAACUAAUAGUUCGUGACCCAACGGAAAUGCGAGUGAUAGCUGCAGCAACUGCAGUCGGAUUACUUUUCCUCCUUUUACUUAUUUCAGUAGGGGUUUAUUCCGCCCUGAAAGCUAAGCAUCGUCAAUAUCGUCAGGAAGUCGAAGAAGGUAGUAUCGCUGCCGAUGCCUUUUACAAUAGUGCUAGCACCAUGGAUCGUGAAAGACCUAUUAAUUCAUCUCAGAGUAAAACAUUCGCGCGUAAAGUGAGUCAAGAUGGGGGUCUGGCAGUUAUGUAUGACUAUGAUCAAAUUGCAAAACAAAGACGCGCCAUGAGCCCUGAAGCACUGAAGGUACGAAGAGCUCCAGCGAUAUUGCAAGCACCCACCAUAGUGUAAAAUAAUUUGUUAAGUCGUUAAACGUAAUAUUAACUUUUUUAUCUCAUUUGUUAAAACAAAGUGGACAACGAACAGUAGUUAAUGUGUCGUUACACCGUUGUUCGAAUUGAUAUUUUUUGAGAAACAUUGUGCGAUUUGAAAAAGUCAAAGAGCGCGAAAGAUGUUUGUGUACUGCCGACUUAUUUAUUGUUUUCAUUGUUGUAUCUUAUACGUAUGUAAACCGAAUAAGGAUUGAAUAAUACAUUUAUAUUAAUUUAUAGUACAGAUGGCGUACUGUUCAUAUUUCCCUUGAAUAUCCUGCAUAGUUUUUCUUUGUGUC